AUGGAAUUAUGUGCUAAACAUUAAGGAAAUAUCCAAUAUAUAGUAUUGGGAACAAAUUCUGUUUAAUUGGCUUGUUCUGAAUGUAGAGAUGAAUUAAUUAUGAAUGGACAAUAACCUGAUUCCUGUCUAUUGAUAUCUAGAGUAAUUAAUAUUAUGAUAAUUCAAGAUUCAAAAAAUACCUGAAGUCUUAUUAAGUAAAAUUACUAUUGAACCUCUUUUCAAAACAUUCUUUUCUAAAAUUCUCUUUGUAACAAGUGAGGAUCUUGAUAAGACUAAAAACAUUUGGAUAAAAGAAUUUGAAGAAAUGAAAGCAUCAUUAGAAAAAAUGAUAAGAGAUAUUACUAUUUUCUUUGAUCAUUUGAUAUAGAAUAUUAUUAAUUAUAGAGCAGAAUUAAAGAGAGUAAAAUUCUAUUAAUAAAUUAGAUAAUUCAAUUUGAAACAUUAGAAUAAUAUAUCAAAGCUAAUGUUGCUUUUUAAAAUUUUGAUUCAGUUUCAUCCAUUAUCAUUUUUAAACAACGUUAGAAUACAACCAUUUAAAUAGAAUAAAAAAUUUAAGAUUAUAUUAAUUUAUUUAAAAAAGAAAGCAAUGAUAAAAAUAAAACAAAUAUUGAAGUCUUAAUUAAGGAUUAUCAAAAUAAAGUAAUCAAGUAAUAUCUAUAUAUAUAUAUUUUAAAGUGUUCAACUUCCACCCUCAAAAGAAACAUUAAUUUAAUUAACAACUAAAUUCUAAAAUUUAUAAAUUGCUAUCUAAGAAAAAUUCAGAUUAGUCAAUCCAACUUAAGUGUAAUCUUGCCUAUUGUCUAAUGUAGGCUUUUAAAAUACUCUAACUAGAAUUACACAAAACUAAAAUCCUAAUUAUGUCUUAGUCUAUCAGGGAUCAAUUGAUGGAUUAAAUUUUAAUUAAUUUUGGAAUAAAAUUUAAAACAAAUCCAAAUUACUUAUGAUAAUGAAAGCAAAGAAUAAUUAAUGUGUUUUUGGAGGAUAUACACCUUGUAAAUGGGUGAAAACUCCUUAAACAUAAUUUAUGUCAGAUCAGUAAGGUACAUCAUUUUUAUUCAUACAAACUCCAAAUUCAUAAAUUUAAUAUUAUCCAAUAAAGAAUGAAUUUAAGAAUUAAGCUAUUACUGUUAAUUAAAAUUUUGGACCUUAAUUUGGUAAACCAGAUCUAGUAAUUUCUAAUGACUUUAAAGAUGGAUAAUUGAAUAUUGGUUAACAUUACUUUAGAGAUCCCAAAGAAAACUACUAAAGCUUCUUUUUAGGACCUAAAUUAGAAGAGAUAAUAGAAUGUGAAGUAUUUGAAUUAUGA